UUUUUUUUCUUGCUGUCACUCAUCACAACCUAAUCUAACCUCCUUAGUCUUGUAAGAAUACCAAGCUCUCGAACCAUAAAGAGACCCUUUUGCCGUUGGUUUACUCCUUCACCAGAAAACAAUGAAGUUCUAAUGGAGGACAGAAAAGCCAACACAAUCUCUGCGAUAGCGGUGAUUGCACUGAUCAUAUUCAUCAUCGUUGCACGCGUCUCCCUGAAGCUUUCACACGCCUUCUUCCUCAUAUGUGGCGCUUCUAUUGCUGUGAUAAUCGCGGUCUUUUCAUGUGCAUUCAUAAGGCACCGUUACCACCGCCGGAGGAGGUUGUUGGAGUCACAGUUGAAGACGGAAGGGCGAGAGCUUCGAAUAGAGUACAGUUUCUUAAGAAAAGUUGCCGGGGUUCCCACGAAGUUCCGUUACAAGGAGCUUGAGGAAGCAACGGAUGGGUUUCAAUCACUGUUGGGAAGAGGGUCCUCGGCUUCGGUCUUCAAAGGCAUUCUCAGCGAUGGAACUUCGGUUGCGGUGAAACGGAUCGACGGAGAGGAGCGUGGGGAGAAGGAGUUCAGAUCAGAAGUUGCCGCCAUUGCUAGCGUGCACCAUGUCAACCUGGUGCGCAUGUUUGGUUAUUGCAACGCCCCGACAUCGCCUAGGUACCUUGUUUAUGAGUACAUCCCAAACGGGUCUUUGGACUGUUGGAUCUUUCCCUCAAGGGAAAAGCGUGCACGUAAAAGUGGGUGUUUGCCGUGGAAGUCGAGGUACAAGGUUGCGAUUGAUGUUGCGAGAGGGUUGUCUUAUCUUCACCAUGAUUGUAGGAAGAGGGUUUUGCACCUUGACGUGAAACCCGAGAAUAUACUGUUGGAUGAGGAUUAUAAGGCUCUUGUUUCUGAUUUUGGUCUCUCGACGCUUGUUGGCAACGACGUGAGUCAGGUGAUGACAACAAUGAGGGGGACAAGAGGGUACUUGGCUCCUGAGUGGCUUUUGGAAAGAGGGGUGUCCGAGAAAACUGAUAUUUACAGUUAUGGGAUGGUUUUGUUGGAAAUAAUUGGAGGGAGAAGGAAUGUUCUUAGGGUGGAGGAUCCGAGAGACAGCACUAAGAAAAAGUGGGAGUUUUUUCCUAAGAUUGUUAACGAGAAAGUGAGGGAGGGGAAGUUCAUGGAGAUUGUGGAUCAUAGGUUGAUUGAAAGUGGGGGUGUUGAUGAGAGUGAGGUGAUUAGAUUGGUGUAUAUUGCAUUGUGGUGUAUACAAGAGAAGCCAAGGUUGAGACCUACCAUGGCACAUGUGAUUGAUAUGCUUGAACAGCGUGUGAGGGUGGAUGAACCCCCUGGUUCCAGAAUGAUUCUUGUUGAUUUACUAGCCGUUGAUGAAGACCCUGUAGAUCAUCGAAAUCUUGCAAGGUUGUUGACCUCUGUUUCCAGCAAUGUCGAUUGCACAUCUACUUACUCACUGGGAACAACUAUUUUAUCUGGCAGAUAGUAACUUCUCUUUCACCCUACUUUUUGCUUCUCAUUACUUACUUCAAUUGUAUAAAUUGGGACACAGUUCUAAUAUUUUCAGUGUGGAAAUUAUAUACAUAUACAGAGUUUAUCCUUUUUUUGUUUCUCUAUAA